AGGAGAGUAAAUACAACAGGAGCGCAAAAUGGCGGAACCGCCGAGCCCAGUGCACGGCGCCGCCGCUGCCGCCGCGGUCUCGGAAAAAGAACCAUUUGGCAAGCUGCAGGCCUGCUCCCGGGACCCGCCGGGCUCUCUGUCCGCAAAGAAGGUUCGGACUGAGGAAAAGAAGGCGCCGCGGAGAGUGAACGGAGAAGGAGGUAGCGGCGGGAACAGCAGGCAGCUGCAGCCGGCGGCACCUUCGCCUCAGAGCUAUGGCAGCCCUGCGUCUUGGAGUUUCGCCGCUCUGUCUGCUGCCCCCUCCCCGGCCCCUUCUCGGAGCAGUUUUCCUUUCUCCGCUGGCGCGGCCGCCCCCUCCUCAGCCUCCGCUUCCUUGUCUCAGCCGGUGCCGCGCAAACUGCUGGUCCCUCCUACGCUGCUGCACGCUCAGCCUCACCUCCUGCUGCCGGCCGCUGCUAUAAAAUCAAAGACAAAAUUAAAGAGAGAGACAAAGAAAAAGAUAGAGAAAAAAAGAAACAUAAAGUAAUGAAUGAGAUCAAGAAAGAGAAUGGAGAAGUGAAGAUUUUGCUAAAAAGUGGGAAGGAGAAACCAAAAACAAAUGUAGAAGACUUACAAAUUAAAAAGGUAAAGAAGAAAAAGAAAAAGAAACACAAAGAGAAUGAAAAACGAAAACGUCCAAAAAUGUACAGCAAAUCUAUUCAGACCAUCUGCUCAGGAUUGUUAUCUGAUGUUGAAGAUCAAGAAGCCAAAGGCAUCCUAAAUGAUAACGUAAAGGAUUACAUUGGAAAGACUUUGGAUACCAAGAACUGUGAUUCUAAAAUUCCAGAGAACAGUGAGUUUCCAUUUGUCUCAUUAAAGGAACCACGAGUUCAGAAUAACCUCAAGAGGUUGGACACUUUGAAAUUCAAACAGCUCAUUCAUAUUGAGCACCAGCCUAAUGGAGGUGCAUCUGUUAUCCAUGCCUACAGUAAUGAACUCUCCCACCUGUCUCCUAUGGAGAUGGAGAGGUUUGCAGAAGAAUUUGUGGGUCUAGUGUUCAGUGAAAAUGAAAACUCUGCAGCUUUCUAUGUAAUGGGUAUUGUUCAUGGGGCAGCUACUUACUUACCUGACUUUCUAGACUACUUUUCAUUUAAUUUUCCCAAUUCACCAGUGAAAAUGGAGAUAUUAGGAAAGAAAGACAUAGAGACCACGACUAUGUCCAAUUUUCAUGCUCAGGUAAAAAGAACAUAUUCUCAUGGUACUUACAGAGCUGGCCCAAUGCGACAGAUAAGCUUGGUAGGAGCAGUUGAUGAAGAAGUGGGAGAUUACUUCCCUGAGUUCCUUGACAUGUUGGAAGAUUCACCAUUUCUAAAAUGUACACUGCCAUGGGGAACACUAUCUAGUCUAAAAUUAGAGAGUCGGAAAGAUAGUGAUGAUGGUCCCAUCAUGUGGGUACGUCCAGGAGAACAAAUGAUCCCUGUGGCUGAUAUGCCAAAGUCACCUUUCAAAAGGAAAAGAACUACCAAUGAAAUAAAAAACCUUCAGUACCUACCUCGAACCAGUGAGCCCCGUGAGAUGCUCUUUGAAGAUAGGACAAGAGCCCAUGCAGAUCAUAUAGGACAAGGUUUUGAACGACAGACUACAGCUGCUGUUGGAGUGCUGAAGGCUGUGCACUGUGGAGAGUGGCCUGAUCAACCCCGAAUAACCAAAGAUGUAAUAUGUUUCCAUGCUGAAGAUUUCUUAGAAGUAGUUCAACGAAUGCAGUUAGAUUUACAUGAACCUCCACUAUCCCAGUGUGUUCAAUGGGUUGAUGAUGCAAAACUUAAUCAACUGAGGAGGGAAGGCAUUCGCUAUGCCAGGAUUCAGCUGUAUGAUAAUGACAUUUACUUUAUUCCAAGGAAUGUUGUUCAUCAGUUCAAGACAGUUUCAGCUGUAUGCAGUUUAGCAUGGCAUGUUCGGCUCAAAUUAUAUCACUCAGAAGAGGACGCUUCUCAGAAUACAGCUAUUCAUGAGGCAGGCAGAUCACCAGAUUCCACAUCAUCAGCUCUUGGACAUCAUACUGAAAAAAUGAUUUGUGCUGUAAGCAAAGACUCCUUGGAUUCUGUUCUUUCAGACAAACUUCAUUCUAAAUAUGAAUUACAGCAGAUUAAACAUGAACCUAUCACCUCUGUAAGAAUCAAGGAAGAACCUGUGAAUGUUAAUGUUCCUGAAAAAACUAGAGCACCGAAUAAUAUGGAUGGCAAGAAUAUUAAAGCAAAAUUGGAUCGUGUUCAAUUUACAGAAUUUAAGAUUGACAUGGAUUCUAAAUUUGAAAAUAGCAAAACAGAUUUAAAGGAAGAAUUGUGCCCUGGAAGUCUCCUAAAUGUAGUUGAUACAAGGCAACAUGGUUCAGCACAUUCAAAUCAAGAUAGAAAAGAUGAUGACAUUUUGUGCUAAAUUUGUACAUACCACUUAAAAUUCUUUUUUUAAAAAAAAUUUCAUAAUGUAAUAAAGAUUCAUGAAUUCUAAAAGCAAGCCAAGGACUUGCUCCCAAGUCUGUUACAAAAUAUAGUUUAUGUAGCUUUGUAACAUUCCUCAGUGCCUGUCCAUAACUGUGAAGUAUUGAGCACUUAGGGCCAGAUGCACUGUAAACAUUGCAGGUUUAAACAUAAAGGAGUCUUUAAAAAAAUCAUUUGAGUUAGAGAUAUAUGUUUUAGAAUAGAGCUGACAUUAACAUAUAUAUAUUUUUUUGUAAUAUGAGCCAGAAUUCUUUGAAAAUUUAAGGCUUCUCCAUAGAGCUUAUUUAUACCAUUUUUUUUUCUCAUUUUUAAUGUGUCAGCACUGUAGUGUAAAUAGCUUUUAAAAAAAUCUUUUUAGUGUGAUUUAUAUUGAAAUGGUGAGCCACUUAAUAAAGGUUCAUAAUAUGUUUUCUGUUGGGUGUGUAAAGACAAACUGACAACUCAGUUAAAUCAUUUGUUUCUCUGCUGGUAUAUCCGUGAUAAUGGAGUAAAAAUGUAUGUUUUCAAAUCUAGUAAAUAUUUAAAUUCACCACACUGUGCAAAACAUUAAAAAAAAAAUCAAGAUUCACUUAUGAAAGUGCAUAUAUAUAUGUGUGUGUGAGCAUAUAUAUAUGUUUGUAUGUAUGGGAAUGUAUAUAUGUACAUCAUAUUUUGCAUAAUUUUUUAAGUUGCUAAAUAAGAUGGAUAUGUGAAAAUUCUUAGGCCUACUCCCUAGAAUAUUGUCUUAAAGUAUUUAUAUUCAAUAUUAAGAGAGCAGUUUAGUUAAUAUGAACUGUUAAGUAAGUUGGGAGAAAUAAGGUAUGUUAAUGAUAGCUAACCCUUCUAACCAAUGAAGUUAUAUUGCCAGAUUAUAAAUUCCUAACAUAAGUUUUCUUUGUUGUGUAUGCAAUGGUAAGUUUAGAAUUAUUUUUUUCCCACUAAUAAGCACCUGCACUAUACUUAAUAGUAGCUGGGUUAAAAAAAAUUAGUUAUAAGAGUUUAAUUGUGAGCAAUUAAAACCUUUCAUAUUUUUCUUUCAGACUGGGAGAAAAAUAUGGCAAAAUCAAAAUUGUAGAAUAAGGGCAAUGACAAUGACUCAACUGCCAUAUACAGACAUAUAACUAACAAAAUACUAUGUGGUACCUCAUCUUUCUCAGGAUCCCUUCCCUAGCAAGGCAAACAACUUAAAGUAUUUCCUUUCCAAAAGAAAAUUUGUAGGUAUAUUGAGGGAAGAAACAGGAUUGCCAGUGCCUAACUAAAGAUGAGUAAAUGUCUCUUUAAUGAUGGACUUCAGCACUAUUUCACACUGCUUCCAAUACUGUAAUUAAAAGUCAACAAUUCUUUGAUGUAUGCAUUGAUGUAAAGAAUGCCACGUAUUGCAAAUCUAUUUUAUUGUUUUUGUUAUUAUUUCUGGUUCCAUACUUUGGAAGAUGACCUUCAUUGAGGUUCAGGCUGCCUUUUGGGCUACUGUUAUUUCCUUUUCAUUGUUUUCUGUUUCAGCCUCAUUUUUGGUACCCAUAAAAACUCCUAUUAGGUUAAGAAGAAGCCAUUUAGAAACACAUUUCACCAGGACAAACACAGUGAGCUACAGUGAUGUCACUUCUGAUUUCCCAAUUUAAUAAAAGGGUAGACAAAUACCAUAGGAAA